AGGAGUGGAGGGAGCCACGGUUGUCUGUAUUUACCUGUGUGUCAGGAUACGGGAAUAACGCUACCGGCCGAACAUCCAGGAUUAUUAUUUUUUUUGUUUCGACCGGCAGACUGCUAAAGAUUUCCUCCGCGGUGCGGUCAUGGAUGUGAGCGGGGCGGCGUGGACCGGAGAGGGGGAUUUAAAUUUCUCUUUCGUCCCGACGGCUUCUUCUGAUUUGAAGUAGUUGCGGAGCACCGGAGCACAACCGGACUGUGCGUUUCUGUACGCGUCCGACCGACUUAAAAGUUGUUUUUCGAGCAGUAGACAUUGUUGUGCAUCGGUUUUCUUCGUUUUAGGUACAGUUUUUGGGAGUUUUUCUUUUUGUUUUUUGUUUCCCCGGAGAGAGAGGGGAGGUGGCGGACUGAGAGCGGCUCACCGAGUCGGGACUGACCGCUGGAGGUGGUCCUGAAAAUGGAGGCUGUUAUCGAGAAGGAAUGCAGCGCGCUCGGAGGGCUCUUCCAAACUGUUAUCGGAGACAUGAAAAGCAGCUAUCCAAUUUGGGAGGACUUUAUCAACAAGGCGGGCAAACUACAGUCGCAACUCAGGGCGACAGUGGUUGCUGUGGCUGCCUUCCUGGACGCCUUUCAGAAGGUGGCUGACCUGGCUACCAACUCAAGAGGUAGGAACAGUCACACAGAUGCAGAAGAUUUAGUGUGCAACCGGUUGUCUCCUCCAGCAAACCUAUUCUUCAUCCUUUACGUGACCUUUGAUGGAGCUCAGUUGUAG